AUGCGCUUGACAGGACUCGCUGCACUACUCCCUGCCGUUUCCAUCGCCGCUGCAGCUUCGGUCGGCGACAGACGAUCGCUUGCAAGAGCUGCAUCACCCACGGCUGUGACUGGCUUCGUCACGACGUCGGGCCAAAACUUUCAACUCAAUGGCGAAGUGUUCACUGUCGUCGGUGCCAACUCGUACUGGGUUGGCUUGAGUGGUCUCAGCACGACUGAAAUGAAUCAGGCUUUCGCAGACAUCGCUGCUGUUGGGGCAACGUCGGUCCGGACCUGGGGCUUCAAUGACGUUACGACUCCAAGCGGCGACUACUACCAGCUCUGGACGAACGGAACUCCCACUAUCAAUUAUGGAUCUACCGGGCUGGAGAACUUUGACAAUGUUGUCGCGGCGGCCAAGGAAAACGGUCUAAGGCUUAUCGUAGCUUUAACGAACAACUGGGCCGAUUACGGCGGAAUGGACGUCUAUGUUAGCCAACUUACUGGCACAGACUACCACGACUACUUCUACACGGACCCUGCUAUCAUUGCAGCUUACAAGAAUUAUGUCAGCGCCUUUGUUGGGCGCUACGUUGAUGAGCCCGGAAUUCUGGCUUGGGAGCUUUCCAAUGAGCCGAGAUGCGCAGGCACGACUGGGACCACUUCCGGUAAUUGCACGGCGGUCACUGUGACCAAUUGGAUUGCGGAAAUGUCAGCGUAUAUCAAAUCCAUCGACGCCAACCACCUCGUGGCGGUUGGUGAUGAAGGAUUCUACGCUAUCGCCGGUAACUCUGACUAUCCAUAUGGAGGAGGGGAGGGUAUCGGCAUCAAUUUCACUGCAAACCUAGAGAUACCAACCAUUGACUUCGGUACUGCGCAUCUCUACCCGAUCAGUUGGGGCGAGACAACGGAUCCAAUCGAAUGGGGUGUACAAUGGAUCGAGAACCAUGCGGCCUCUCAGAAGGCCCAAAACAAACCGGUCAUUGUCGAAGAAUUCGGGAUGACGACUAACAUGACUGCGACCUAUGAGGCCUGGUAUCCAGCUAUCAUCAACUCGGGGCUUACGGGCGAUCUCAUUUGGCAAGCUGGCUCUUACUUGUCUUCGGGACCGACGCCAAACGACGGCUAUACAGUCUAUCCAAACAACACUGUGUACGGCAUGGAGGCGACCUAUGCCGCGCAAUUGAAGGCGAGGAACGCAGCAUGA